AUGGAGGACCUGCAUGGUGUGAUGGUUAAUGCGUUACUCCCCGGAAAGGACAAUAGCGCGUUCGUUCCCCACCGCAGACACCUGCGGUCCGAGUUUUUAUGUAAAACGGUUAAGAUUGUCGAGUGUAAGUUUCUCCACUACGUUUCUGGGCGCUGUAACUGUUCGUCAGGAAGUUGGAGUGCAGCCAACUCUGUUUUCAGUUUACGUGGUGAAGAUAUGAAUCUUAGUGAAGUUAUGGAAGGUCGUCUUCGUGCUUUUAGGAAUUGCCGCAUAAAUGUCGCUGAUGAAGCUUGGAGGUGGCAUGAAGGGAAUUGUGAAAAGUUUCGCUAUCCAGUAUUCGUGCCUGUUCUACAUGUGGCUGUUCCUAAUGGUCGUUGUGCGCUGUUUCUAGAAAACCUGAUAGCUUUUCGAGAUCUGCCAAUGUUCAACCUUGAUUGCAAGGAAGACGAGGCGCUUUUGACUAAUAGAAGACACAGUUGGAAACUCAACUCUACUGUUAUUUCUCCAUCACAGGUUGAUUUACUUGUUCGAUCGGUUGAUGAUGUUAAGCAAUAUUUGUGUAAUGCAGCAAUGCUGGAUCUGGUUACCAAUGGAGCAUCAAAGAUAAACGAUUUAUAUGGCACAAUAAGAACGACUUUUUACGUAUCGGUUUUGAGAAGAAUUUGCAAAGUCUUGAAACUUCACGAUAAGGUGUCAUCCUUGCAAAGCCAUGUUGCAUCGUUCCUUAGUGCAAAGAUUACCUUAUUCGAGUGUCUUGACAACGAAUGUGGCUUGAAGAUUUUGAAUCCGGAACAAAUGAUUCCAGAAGGAAAGGAAAUUCUGGGGUGUCUUAAAAAGUUGUGCACAGAUGAAAGUAUACCAAAAGAUAUGCCAAUGCAUAGAGAUUUUGACGGUAAUGAAUUCUGGAAACGAGGAAAGAUCAGUUUAGUAGGUCGUAGAGAGCAACAGAAAGCUACGAAAGAAGAACUGAUGACCAGUCUAAUGAAAGAGACCACAGAAUGGUGGAAGCCUAUUGAGGAACUAAUUCAAAACAUCACUGUCAAUUACUUAAAAUUUUUUGCUCAAAUCGGAUGCGCUGGAGAAGUAUAUCUCGAUGAACCAGAAGAUCCGCUCAGUUUAACCGAAUGUGGUUUUACGAUAAUGGAUAGUUUUCACCUUGGUGAACGUCUGAAGCGUCUGAUUCAUCAGGUCCAAUCUGGAGGUAAACGUAGUGUUUCCACUAUGUUGUAUUUGUUGGCGCUACACGGACUAUGUCCUGUUCCUUUCCGAUGUGUGUACGAAAUAAAUAAAGAUAUGAUUCCGGUGAACGGACGAAGGUGUUUAAUAUCAUUGUGGAAACGCUUAGUUGCGAGGAGAAUCUGGCUAAGACCCAAUACUUUUUUAAAUUCAACAGAAUCACUCUUAUAA